AGUAUCUGUAGGAACCCGCACGUAUGACCCUCACAAAAAAAGUCAUCGUGAGUGAGUCGCAAACCAAUAGACUGAUGUCACAAAUGUGAUUCAAGUCAAGACACGGGCAUGUGUGUGUGUGUGUUGAGCAGUGUCGGAGGGGCGUCAAGUCAAAGGCAGCCCCCUCCUCCCAAGUGUGACGGCGCGCCCUCUUCCUCAGGCUGACUGAGGCCCGCUGCUCCUGUUGUGGUCAGCGGCGUGAGCGGACCGCACACCUCUUCCAAUGGAUUACGAGGCCAAGGUUUUCCCUCAUAGCGGCGGAUACGGACGCUACAACCGACUGGUGGUGACGUUCAGCUGGUUCCCCAGCUUCGCCGUCAUGAUGAACCUGUUCAGCGACGUCUUUUACACCGCCAUCCCGGACGCGUACCACUGCAAACCGGACCCGCGACUCCUUCCGCCCGCUUUCCUGCUCACUAACUUAUCGAAGGCUGCUUACCUGAACCUGACCGUCCCCUGGGUCAACGGCACCGGUUUGAGCCACUGCGAGCUCUACAAGUACCCCCCGAACUCUUCGGACUUUUCCGAAGGCGUAGCCCGCGAGAGGGUGAGCUGCACCAAGGGCUGGGACUACGCUCCCGUCUCGGGGCUCCGGAGCAACUUCGUGACUGAGUGGAACCUGGUCUGCAGUGACUACUGGAAAAUUCCCUUCCAACACAUUUGCUUCAUGACAGGAUGGAUUCUGGGAUACAUCUUCAUCGGCUCUUUAUGCGACUGGCUAGGUCGUCGGCAAGGUUUUCUCCUGUCUGUCAGUCUGUCCAGUCUGUUUGGUGUGGCUGUGUGUUUGUCCAACAGUGCUGUGGCGUUUCUGCUGCUACGUCUCUCUCAGGGCGUCAUGCUAGCUGGGGUCUUUUUAUCCUCAUACAUAGCAAGGUUGGAGCUGUGUGACCCUCCCCGUCGCCUCAUGGUUGCCAUGGUCAGCGGCUUCUUCGCCAUCUUUGCAGAGCUGCUGUUGCCAGGCGUUGCUGUUCUGUGUCGUGAUUGGCCGGUUUUGCAGGCUGUUACCACGUUACCUCUGCUCGUGCUCAUUUCUUAUUGGUGCUGUGUGUCAUUGUUUCCCGAGUCGCCUCGUUGGCUGCUGGCCACUGCUCAGAUCCCUCAGGUGAAGAGGAGCCUCCAGGAAUUCUCCACCAGAAAUGGUGUGUGUUUACCAGACGAGCUCUUCCCAGGAGAAAUCUUGCUGUCAGAAAUUGAUUCAGUAUUCGAUGAAGAUUGCCAGCCGAGAUAUUACUCAAUUUUGGAGCUGCGUCGGACUAGGGUUAUCUGGAAGAACUGUCUCAUCCUUAGCUUCACUCUCUUGAUUGGAACAGGUAUCCAGUACUGCUUCACCAGAAACCUGCACAUGUCUUCCACCAACUUCUACUUUGGCUACUUUGUCAAAAUCGCCACAGGAACACUGGCCUGCGUCUUCAUCUGCUUCACUGUAAACCAUUUCGGUCGACGUGGUAUGCUUCUGCUGUCUGCCAUCAUCACUGGUCUGUCGUCGUUGCUUCUACUGGCACUCACUCAGUACCUGCAAGGAGGCCUGGUGUUGGUGCUUUCUAUUGUGGGUCUGCUGUUUUCUCAAGCUCUUGCCAUGCUCAGUGUCUUCUUUGCCUGUGAGGUGAUGCCAACUGUUGUACGAGGCGGGUGCCUCGGCCUGGUGCUGGCAGCAGGCUGUGUCGGCAUGGCCGCCUCCUCCCUGAUGGAGCUCCAGAACAACGGAGGCUACUUCCUCCACCACGUGAUCUUCGCCUCUUUCGCCGUCCUCUCCGUGCUCUGCAUCAUGCUCCUGCCCGAGAGCAAGCGCAAGCCCCUGCCCGACUCGCUGAAGGAAGGCGAGAGCCAGCGCCGCCCGCCGCUCUUCGCGUCUCAGGUGGACAGGGUCCACCUGCCCUUACUGUGCCCCCGGCCCCAGCUCUCGGAAUACAAUCCUGACAACUACUCCCGCCUGGUCAGUGCCACCAGGAAGAUGUUGACCAACGACAGUUUGCCUUACAGAAUCGCAGUGCCGACUCAUCGCUUGCUGUCGGAUGGUGACGCCCAGGGACAGGAGCGUGAACCACUGACGGAAGCAUCGCAAGACUGAGUGGUCUCCAUUAAAGACCCCUUGAGUUCUAUUUAACACUUGAAGCCAUUUUCUUAUUAUGUAGGAGCAAGUCAUUGAAAUAGGCAUAACAGCUUUGACCUGUAGUAUUUACUGUGGCUGAUUUGUGUGGCAGGGCUGCGCACAUGGUGAUGCUUGUGGGUGAGCAAUGGUUCAUUUGUGUGCGCUUUCAGCUGGGAAGCACAUUUAACCAAGUGCUGUCGAUCAUGUGAGCUGCAGCACUUUUUCAAUUUAUCAGCAACUCAUGCACUUCUCAUUAAGUGUGACAGCGUGACUCACCAGUGUCUCCAUUGCAGCUCACGCUCCGUUUCCCAAAAGCACCAUAGUUUGGUAAAUGAGACUUUAUAAAAGUGCUUAAAUAGUUUUGGAAGCUUGGCCCAGUUCAAGUGGUUGUCUGGGAUGUUUGUGUUGUAUUUGUGGAACACACUAGAGGGCGCCAAAUAACGCAGUGUGAAGAAAGUCAGACAUUGUGUAAAAUCUCUUUAACGCUCCUAAGCAUGUACAACAGGUGCUGCCACAUGUUGCUUACAUCAGAUUUAACAUUUAACGAUGUUAAAAUUAAAAUUGUGUUUGUAUUUAGAAUUUUGACCACUUGCUGUGCCAUUCUGAAAGACAAGAUCAGACGUACAUCUUUUGAUAAUACCUCAGGACUUUCAGCCUCAGAAUUGGACCAGACUGGAUGAUACUUACUUCAAACCUCUGAUGUCUUUAAUAGGACGUCAUCUUGUCUGACUUAUCAUGCAGAAACACAUUUUGUACAGUAUAAGCCAAUGCACUUGUUUCACAGCUGGCACAAAAGCCUUCUAAAUGUACUUUUGACUGGCCUUGUGAGCAAUUAUCAAGAGAAACUGUUUUUUAAAAUGCAAAUUUUUCUCAUUUUUUUUAUAGCGAACAUUUUUGAGUGGUGUAGUUCUCUCCACUAGAUGGCGGGCUCCUCUUCAAAACAGUACCAACUCACCUUUAUGCCUCAUGUUUUUAGGAGUGUUUGAUAGCGUGUGCAUUGGAUGACAUCAUCUCAUGGGAAAAAAAUAAGACAGAUGAGCUUAAGAAGAGCAUAUUAUACUACUGAACACAUUAGCUAAUGUGAAGAAGCCCCUAUGAAGCGCUUAGCAAGAUGAGGGUGUGAAGAGCCUUUGUUAAAAGAAGAGCCGUGAUGCUGAGUGAGGGAAAAGCUCCACUGUUGGAGUAACCAUCGCCCGUCCUGCACGAGUUCUUCACCUCAUCGUACGGGAUAGGGACAUCAUCUGGG